AUGGCCUGCGCCCGGUGCCGCCCGCCUGCUGCCGUGAUGUCCAUGCCUUGCCGCCGCCGCUACUGCUGUGUUGCUACUGCGUGCAGCCACUGCUGCUGCUUCCUGCACCACGCCCCACGCGCCCCCAGCUGCACCGGCUCCGUGCACACGCGCGCGCCUGCCCGCUUGGCCGCAGCCGCAGGCUGCUGCUCCCGGCCGCGCGCCCACACCUGUUGCCGCCGCGUCUGCUACCUCGGCCACGCGUGCCCGCAUCCGGCUACGUGCAGCUACUGCCUGCUAGCCGCUACUGCUUCUGCUGCCGACGCCUCCCGCGGCUCACUCCGCCCAAGCGCGCUCGCCCCAGCGCCCUUGGCCGCGAGCCCCCCUGUACCCGCGCUGAUCCACAGGGUGGUCGCGCCCGGCCAUGCCCCGCCGUGCUGGCCGUGA